AGAAUUUGGGAAACUCUCUCGACUCCGAUGCAUUGCUCGCGUAUAGUGAAGCAAUGCAGAGAUGCAAUUUAUGGUCCUAGAUAACAUGGCGAAUCGGUUGAUGUGACUGAAGCGGGUGGGAAGUAUGUUGCGUAUUCCAAACUACCACCCACUACGGUGCCUAACGUCUAGAGUAGGGAUCUGUUAGAAAAAAAUUAAGUAGAGAAUCCAAGAUUCGCAUUAGUCUAUGUAAUCAUAGACUGAGUAUUAGUAGGUAAAGACUACCUGUAAUUGAUAAUACGUUAGUUAAUACUUCCAUUAAUUUCAUAACAGCUUGGGCCAAUAAAUAUUUGUGCUAGACUGAGUUAAUUUUGACCAUUACUCAAGAAAAAAACAUCCCAAUUAUUCUUGCUCGUUUUCAGUAGUUUUAUGAUAUUGACCCACUGUUUAACCUGCUAUUUAUCUAACCGACCAAAUUAUCGAUUCUUACUUAGUAUUAAUCACCGUGUAAAUAUUCAAUAGGUCUGUGAAUCAUGAAUGCAGAAAAUGCUUUUGCAAUACUCGUAUUUUUCGGGAGCAUAUUGAUGGUGCUUCAAAAUUAUUACUCCUAGGCACUUUCCAACAAAGAGAACCAGAUUCUAAAUAUGAUAAGUUCAAAAGUAAUAUAUAAGGAUCAAAGGUGUGUGUAGUGUAAUCAAAACUCCCUUCUGAGUUUUGACGUUAAACAAUAUUUAUUGGAAAAAUCAUUUGUAUUCAAUUUAGAUUUUAAAAAAACAUUUGUGCGGAAAGUUUAUUUUCAAAAUGGUUGAUCUGCUAUUAUUAUUGCCUGAUCAGAAAAUAUAUCUACCUCCUUCCUUCGUUCAGAAUUGAAGUAUGAAAUCGUUCUAGGGAUCCUAUCCAUUGAUUAUAGCCAAAAUACAAACACACAUUUUCAAAGGAGUGUAACAGUGGUUCUCAAGGUAAUAACAUUCAAGUUCUCUGAACAUAAUGAUUUUCACACCUCAUACAAAUUGACAAGCGUAAUCCCGUGAAGUAGUAAAUACUGUGGUGCUACAUUUUAUCAUUGCCAAAUAAAUGGUAAAUCGAGAAUUGGAAAUAUCGAGGUUGUAUGUUCAUGUUACAGGAUUUUCAAGUAAGACUAGGGUACAUGCUGCAUUUAUAACUAAUUGCCAUGAUUCUGUGUUAACAUUUGAAUUGUCAUUAUGAUGAUACCCUUUAAUUCUAUUCGGGUCACCAGAAAUUAUCACUCACUUUCACGCUCAGGGGUGCCUAAAGCUGAGGAGAUAAACUUAUUUGUUAUUUGUUUGGUUUUCGGUACAUGCAUUAACUAUCUGUAUGUAGAUUUUUCUAUGUACAGAUAAUUUCUACAUUUUGUAAAUAGCUGUUAAUGCUAUUCUCAAUAAUGAUUGUCAUAGAACCUGGCAUAGUUGUUUUGGCCCCCCAAAUGCCCCAGGAGUGAAGAGUCAGUUCUCCCGCAGAAACGCCUUCAUAUGAUCGCGCGUAUACAACCGCUGUCAGGGAAGUUCUACUCACUGCUUUCUCGCUACAUUACAGUUGUUUAGAAGAUUGAGAGGACGAGAAGCAAAUCUCCAGCGCUUUAACCGGGUUGGUGGAUCCGGUGAACUCACCUAGGGGAGUUGGAAAAUUCUGAUUCUAAAUCAGUGGUGAGGGAACAAAUGGAGUAUGAACCUAGUGUUGAUGACCGGCUACCAUGGGACUGCAUCUCCUCACGUUGCUCCACUUCCUUGUGGACUAGACCUUCGUAGAGUGACCACCUACUUUAGUUUGGAUAACCGUGCAGUAUGCCAGCCUUCAUACAAAUCGAGUGGUUUAUUUGGUGCCACCUUUACCAAUGUUUAAGUGCUUAAAUAAAUAAAUGAAAUAGGCUUUCUCUUUACCAAUAUGGUAAGGUUAUAGGUUGGUUGUUAUUUCAAGUCAAUGUCGUUUUUACGGAAAAGCUAUGAAAGUUUUUUUGUUCCUUUCGAAUGAUAUAGAAAUCUUUCCACUUUUUCAUCAACGAUCACUGCAUUAUACAUAGAAAAUAUUUCCAAUUUGACUUUCACUCUGACUUAUCGUGAUGUUGGUUGAACUAAUGUCAAAGUAACUAACUUGAGGAUUUCUCGGAAACGUUUUGUCAAUCUAUUACAUCGAUGACUGACCUGUUAUUUAUUUUUAAGUUUUGUGCAUUUAUCUAAACUAGUUCUUGUGAUCGAAGAUCACAACUGUAAAACUGUUGUUGGUGCUUAUUUUCUGCUGACCAAAUAAAUAAAUUUGGUUAAGUAAGUUAUCGUGUAUAAUAUCUUUGUGUUGUUCUAUCUCAACCCUGAUGCAUAAAAUACGUACUUACUAUUUGCUCGUCAAACCAACAUAGUGGUCACUCACUAGCGUUCUCUACAAUAAUAGGUUUGUCAUUUGCUUGUUUUAUGCUAAUUAACAUAAUUCUGCAUUUUAAUUUGCAAAUACGAAUUUAUAAUUAUGGAAUACUUAUAACUAACCAAUCAAAUUUUCUUUAAUGUUUAUUUGUGCCGUAACAAUUUCGUUAUAGUUUUAUUAACAUUUUCUUGUCUCAGUUUCACAGAUUCAUAUCUGUAUAUCACUUGUGUCAUGAUGAAAAUAACACAAGCAUCACUAAUUGUUAUAUACUUAAUUCAUUUACUCUUUACUGAAAGCCUACUGCGAACUGAACAACCAGAAGGUUAUCGCAUAGAACGGGUUGGAUUACAUGGAAGAAGAGUCAACUUUACAUGGUACAGGAAUGUAACAAUCCAGAGCUGGGUUCAGGCAGCUGACAAGUGCUCUUUCUUAAAUAGCCUGCUUCCUAAAGUUACUGACAUGCGUUAUUUCUACAAAACAUUACAGUCGGAUGAUGUUAUUUCACCAAUAAGUAAAACGUCUGAGAAUAAAACUCACAGCGGUGUCGUCUUUUACCUUGGAGAUGUUCUAGAAGCUACAAUGGACUAUCCUAAUAUCGAAAGUGGCGAAAGAAUGUGUCUGACAAUUGAAAAAGUUCCGGGAUCUCAGUUACAUCUAGCCGAAUCAUCUGCAGUGAAAAGUUGCUUAACUCAUGCUAACCUACUUGUAUGUAAAUCCGAAGUGGACAGUAGUAGCGUGACAAAUUACGAUGAUGAUUCGUACCCACAUAUGUGUAAUUUUGCGGACGAUAAAUGGUUUGGUCCAUUGCCAAAAUGGAUUCUUGAUUUAAAGCAAAAAGCUGAAUUCAGACAAGAUCAUAUAUGCCUAACAAAACUUUUAUUCUGUAUUACAGCAGUAUGUUCUGGGCUAAUCGUCGUCCUUUUCCUUACAAGUACAAUAAUUUUGGCUGUUCGGUACAAAUGCCUAGUUCUAAAAAUGAAAAGAAAACAGACUGGAACGGAUGGAACCAACGUCUGGGCACAAAAUUCAGAAAUAUCACAAUGUCUUUUAGGUGAAACAGAUGGAAGAUUAGAUAUUCUAGCUGAUUCAGCGUUUCGUCGUGAUCCUAGUGGUUUCACAAAAGGAAGUUAUAAAGAAGCACUAGUCAAUAGCGGAUAUCAAAGAAUUUCAAAUGGACGAAUUAAAGGCCUCCAUACGUCGGGUAAACCUCGAUCUGGAAGAAUAACAUGUUAG